AUGGAAAUAUUCAAAUUCUCCUUGCUCGCCCUUCUUCCCUUCCUCCUCCUCGCAGACGUUGCCUGGGCGACCGGCGAUGACAUGCGCACGUUCAUCGUCCACGUGCAGCCUCACGAAAACCACGAGCUCGAGACGGCAGAUGACCGGACGGCGUGGUACAAGUCGUUCCUCCCCCAGGAUGGCCGGCUUCUCCACGUGUACCACCACGUCGCGAGCGGCUUCGCAGCCCGGCUGUCGCCGCGGGAGCUCGACGAGGUCUCCGCCAUGCCCGGGUUCGUGAGCGCGAUCCCGGACCAGACGUACACGCUGCAGACGACGCACACGCCACAGUUCCUCGGGAUGAACGUGCAGCAGGGCGUGUGGAACGACACGUCGGAGCGUGGCGCCGGCGUCAUCAUCGGCCUGCUCGACACCGGCAUCUUCCCGGAACACCCCUCCUUCAGCGACCACGGCAUGCCACCACCGCCGGUCAAGUGGAAGGGGCGUUGCGACUUCAACGGCUCGGUGUGCAACAACAAGCUCAUUGGCGCUCGCGAUUUCACUGCCGCCAACGGCACGAGUGGCACCCCUUCUCGGGUGCCACCGGUUGAUGACGCUGGGCACGGCACUCACACGGCGAGCACGGCCGCGGGAGCGGUCGUGCCAGGCGCUCAAGCGCUUGGCCAGGCCAUGGGUGUCGCCGCCGGGAUGGCUACCCGCGCGCACGUUGCCAUGUACAAGGUCUGCCUCGAGACGGACUGCGCCGGGUCCGACAUACUGGCCGGUGUUGACGCCGCCGUGGCCGACGGCUGCGACAUUAUCUCCAUGUCUAUUGGUGGGCCGUCGGUGCCGUUCCACCAAGACCCCAUCGCCAUAGGGACAUUCGGAGCGAUCGAGAAGGGCGUGUUUGUCAGCAUGGCAGCUGGCAACUCCGGCCCGAACGCCAGGUCCCUCUCAAACGAGGCGCCCUGGAUGCUAACGGUUGCCGCGAGCACCAUGGACCGCUCGAUUCGCGCGACGGUGCGGCUGGGGAACGGCCUCUAUUUCCAUGGCGAGUCCGCCUACCAGCCAAAAGACUCAGCCGCCGUCUUCUACCCGUUGGUCUACUCUGGCGCAAGCGGAAAGCCGUUCGCCGAGUACUGCGUCAACGGCUCGCUGGACGGCCUCGACGUCAAGGGCAAGAUAGUGCUCUGCGAAUUUGGACUCAUCCCAACAAUCUUCAAAGGUGCGGUGGUGCAAAGCGCCGGCGGCGCCGGCAUGAUAUUGAUGAACCAAUUCCCCCAAGGCUACGACACGCUUGCGGAAGCGCACGUCCUCCCGGUGUCACACGUCGACUACGCCGCCGGCUCAGCCAUCAAGUCCUACAUCAAUUCCACGGCGAACCCCACGGCGCAGAUCUACUUCAGGGGUACAGUACUCGGCACAUCGCCUGCUCCGUCGAUUGUUUUCUUCUCUUCUCGUGGUCCUAGCCACCAGAACCCCGGCAUUCUGAAGCCCGACAUCACUGGCCCCGGCGUGAACGUGCUCGCCGCUUGGCCGUUCCAAGUCGGCCCACCUUCGGCACCGGCUCUCCCUGGACCGACCUUUAACAUCAUCUCCGGCACGUCUAUGUCCACGCCGCACCUUAGCGGCAUCGCGGCGUUCAUCAAGAGCAAGCAUCCGGAUUGGUCACCGUCGGCGAUCAAGUCGGCCAUCAUGACAACCGCAGACAUCGACGACCGCUCCGGCAUCCCAUUACUCGACGAGCAGCACUCGCCGGCCAACAUCUUUGCCACUGGCGCCGGCCACGUUAACCCAGAGAAGGCCGCAAACCCCGGUCUAGUCUACGACAUUGCUCCUGGAAACUACAUCGGCUACCUCUGCGGCAUGUACACGAGCCAGGAAGUCUCGGUGAUCGCAAGCCGGCCGGUCAAUUGCUCGGCCAUCACUGUGAUCCCCGACCGCAUGCUGAAUUACCCAUCGAUUUCGGUCAUAUUUCCGGCAGCGUCGAAUUCAACAAUGCCGGUGAUUGUAAGGCGCGUAGUGAAGAACGUAGGCGAGGUGCAGUCAUCGUACUACGCGGCGGUCGACAUGCCAGAGAGCUCUGUGCCCGUGGUCGUCUAUCCGGACAGGCUGGAGUUCACCGAGGCUAACCAAGAGAAGAGCUUCGUUGUCCUCGUGUGGCCAAGACAGAGCGACACGAGGGUGGUUCAAGGUGCGCUCCGGUGGGUGUCGGAGACGCACACCGUGCGGAGCCCCAUCUCUGUCACCUUCGUAUGA